GCUGUAUUUUGCCUGUUGUCAGAUCUGACAGGCGAGUAGUACAGGGUUUAACGCUCGCUCUCCACCUCCGGCGGCCCACAUGGCUGCGGCGAGGCGGCGCCAGGAGCUGGCCGGCGAGGGGCAGCGUCACCUGGAGGAGGCCAUCGCGGCGGCCUUCCAGAUCCUCACCUCCAUCGACCACGAGCUCUCCGACCCCGCGCUCUGGUCCUCCUCUCAGCACCAGCAACAGCAGCAGGACCCGCCUGCAGCUGCUGGCUCCGACGCCGCCCCUGGCGGCGGGCGCGGAGCGAGCCCUAGCCAUGGCGGGUCGCUGGACGAGGCGAGGCACAGUUACAAGACGGCCGUGGCGGCGCUGCGGGCGUCCAUCACUGCGGUAUCCUCCUGUCGCGCUCAGGAGAUUGGACCAACAGAGGACAAAGGAGAUACAGCUGAGAUCAAGAAAUUGGAAGAUCGUGUAUCUGUUUUGAGAAAGGAAAUUGAAAGCAAAAACAAGGACGUAAAAUGCCUCGUAGAUCACCUCCGGGACUUAAUAUCGGAUGUAUCUAUGUGGCAGAGCUCAGGUAUAUAAUUGGUGUACUACCACGCAUCAACUGCAUGCUCCUGCAGUAAAAUCCCCAAAGGCAUCUUGGGCUAGUGGAAUCAGAAGCGUACAGGGAAGCUUUUCAUUGACUUGCUUGUCAGUUGCCACAGAGCAACUGAAGACUCUGUAUCUGUAUGUAUGUAUAUGACCGAGAAUUGUAAGCAACCGACUCUGAAUCUCCGAGUAUCUGUAUGUGUUUUAUUUGUUGGUAUGGACAUGAAAUCUAGAAUUAGGCCUUCAGACUGUUAAUGGGUUAAAUGUGUGUACUAAGUUAUUGAAGUUUAUGAAGCCAUAUAAUGCGAGUGCUUUGAACAUGA